AUGAAGACGAUUCUUUCUUCGGAGACGAUGGACAUUCCCGAUAGCGUAACCAUCAAGGUUCACGCUAAGGUGAUCGAAGUCGAAGGGCCUCGCGGCAAGCUCGUUCGCGAUUUCAAGCAUUUGAACCUCGAUUUCCAGCUGAUCAAGGAAGAGGAGAGCGGGAAAACGAAGCUUAAGAUCGAUUCGUGGUUUGGUUCCCGCAAAGCGAGCGCCUCCAUCAGAACGGCUCUUAGCCACGUCGAUAACCUCAUCUCCGGUGUGACCAGAGGUUUCCGGUACAAGAUGAGGUUCGUGUAUGCUCAUUUUCCCAUUAACGCCUCCAUCGGCGGUGACAACAGGUCCAUUGAGAUCCGUAACUUCUUGGGAGAGAAGAAGGUGAGGAAGGUUGAGUUGUUGGAUGGUGUGACCAUUGUUCGAUCUGAGAAAGUUAAGGAUGAGAUUGUUCUUGAUGGUAACGACAUCGAGCUCGUCUCAAGAUCAUGCGCUCUUAUUAACCAGAAAUGUCACGUGAAGAAGAAGGAUAUCAGGAAGUUCCUUGACGGAAUCUAUGUCAGCGAGAAGAGCAAGAUUGUUGAGGAGGAAUAG